CGGGGAGACGGGCCGAUGAGGAGCGUGCCCCAGCGUGCCGGGGCGCCUCGCUAGCACAGCGCGCUGGCGGCCAGCCGGCUCCGGCACGGCGACGUCACAGCCCAGCUGGGCUAGAUAAAGAGCCGGGCUCGGGCUGGGGCGCCUCACUGGUGUCGGAUCAAGGCGAGGACGCGUCGGUCGCAGCUGCGGGAUCUCCUCUCAGAACAGAGCCUAGCUUUGCAAGGAGCCAGGAUGCAGAAGAUCACCCUGUUAAUGUGUCUGGGGGCGCUGCUGUCCCUGUCGAGCGCACAGCUGGAGCCCGAUCCCAACGCGGAGACGGAGGGAGCCGCCGAGGAGGAGACCGAACUCUUCACUACGCCCACAACCAAGCUGGCCGCCGCCACCGCCAACUUCGGCUACAGCCUGUUCCGGGAGCAGGUGAACCGGGACCCCCAGGCCAGCGUGUUCCUGUCCCCCCUGAGCGUGUCCGCCGCCCUGACGCAGCUCUCUCUGGGGGGCUCUGCCGAGGCAGAGAGGAAGCUGUACAGAGUUCUGCAAUACCACCACCUGCAGGACAGCCAGCUGCACAGCACCCUGAAGAACCUGCUGGCCAGCGUCACCUCCCCCAGCAAGGGGUUCAGCUCUGCCUCUCGCGUCUACCUGGAGAGGAAGCUGCGCCUGAAGCUGGAGUACCUCAACUCCGUGGAGCGCGAGUACGGCGUGCGCCCCAAGGCGCUGACGGGCUCCCCGCGCGGCGACCUGAAGGAGGUCAACGACUGGGUGAAGCAGCAGACGGGCGGCAAGGUGAACAGCUUCCUGACCUCCAGUCUCCCCCGCAACAUGGGCGUGCUGCCGCUGGGCGCUGCGUACUUCAAAGGUCAGUGGGUAACGAGGUUUGGCCAGAGCAACCAGAUGGAGUCGUUCCAGGUGGAGGGGUCGGCGCCAGCCCGCGUGCCCAUGAUGAAAGAGGACAGGUACCCCGUGAAGCUGGGCAUCGACUCGGACCUUCGCUGCAAGAUCGCACAGGUGCAGAUGCAGGGCGAUGUCAGCAUGCUGAUCUUCCUGCCCGACGACGUCACCCAGAACAUGACGCUGAUUGAGGAGAGCCUGAGUGCCGAGUUCGUGCAGGACACCGUGUCCGCCCUGCAGCCCGUGGAGCUGUCCCUGGCCCUGCCCGCCCUGCGCUUCAGCUACUCCGCCGACCUGCUGCCCCUGCUCUCUGACAUGGGCCUGAAGGAGUGGCUGGCCAAGACGGACCUGGUGAAGAUCACCUCCCAGCCCGCGAAGGUGGGCAGCGUGCGCCACAAGCUGGGGGUCGAGAUGACGCCCGAGGGGGGUCAGUCCGUGGCCCGAGCCCCCCACCCCGAGGGCCAGGCGCUGGGGCUGUCCUUCCAGGUCAACCGCCCCUUCCUGUUCCUGGUGCGGGACGAGCCCUCGGGCGCCCUGCUUUUCAUCGGGAAGGUGCUGGACCCCCAGAAACUGGGGCGGAUCUGAGCGGCGCAGCACACCAGACAUGGACGUCACGCAAAAAACAACCACGCGCAACAUAGAAACUACAGCACACGGCAUGCCUCAGCAGGAAACACGCAACACGCAGCACACAAUCCACGUCAAAUACAGCUUUUUACACUACACACAUUGCGAACUUGCAAAAAUGUAUAGAAACAAGUGAAACUCCCUAAAAGAACACGCAUUUCAGAUAAAACUCCUCAGCUCUCCACACGGGCUCAGAACCUCACGUUCUGCAAACCCCAGGAACACACCAGAGAACACUCCAACAGAACCGGCCCCAGGAGAGUACUGCAUCCUCCACCUCCGGCAGUGACCACCAGGGGGCGCCUUCCAAAAGAACACUAAGGGGGUGUUGCUGAACCAGCUUGGCUCCAUUCACAAAGCAAAGCCCUGGUGUUUGUUUGAGGUUCUCCAGAAGAAUGUCUUUUAAUGUAUUCUUCGACACAGUAAUAAAUAUAGAAAUAUCAAACCCUCA